CUUCUAGGUUGGGCCAAUAGAUGUCAAUACAGCUCCGGCGUUAAAGAUGUGCGUAAAAUAAGAGCCAACAAAAAAGGAAGGGGCUUAUUACAAAGAGCCAAAAGUGCGUCUGUGAAAGAGGUUACAAUACCUCUUAUUAAGCUUACAGCACCUCUUUGGUCAUCUGUCUAUUGCUACUGUACUUCGGGGCUGAGAAUUUGGACAAUGGCACUGAGGGGACCCGCCACCAUAUUUGGUAAAGGACUCCCGGGGACCAGCUGGCCACCAAAGCAAUUUGAAAAGGCCAUAGAAGAAUACAAAGCAAAACAAGCCCGGAAGAAAGUUGGUAAUAUAGAUGAUUGUAUAAAUGACGAACACGAAGACAAUGAUCUGGGACCUCACCAACAGUUUGAAACUGUAGAUAUUGCCACACUGACUCGCUGGGAUUCAACAGAA